UUCCUGCAGCGGAGCCUGAUUGAGAAGACGCGCUUCCGGCAGCCUUGAACCGCUGGUCAACACACCAGCCUUCCGGACCUGAUAGGACACUUAUCUCAGGCCUCUCGGAGCCCAUCAGCCGCCCAGUUCAGUGCCUGCGAAGUGGCAGUCCAUAGUGGAGCCUCCUUGCCUCGGUCCAGGUCCACAGCUCCCUGUGUGGGCUGCCCCAGCCUUAGACGACCCCAGGACACUGUGAUUGGCGCCCGAGUCCGCUGAUGGGUAAGGACCUUGAAUUAGUCUUUAUCUCCUCACAUGACACUUGGCAUUUGAUAAAUAUUUAUUGAAUUUGAAGAGACAUAUGGCCAAUGAGUCUGGAAAGGAAGAACGUCCUUGGUCCAACAGUGUUGCUGACGCUGACUUUUUCUAAGUGGUCUUGAACUGCCUAGUUUUUAUGUCAAUACCUGGCUAGACCUCGUAUUCCUCACUACAGAAGCCCUUAACCUGCAGUUGCUAGAGAUUUUAAAACGUUGCCUUUAGGAUACCAUCCACAUUUAACUUGGGAGCUCUUCCUUUGUAAUUCCAAAAUGUUGAGAUACUGGGGAGAGAUACCAAUCUCAUCAAGCCAGACCAACAGAAGUUCUUUUGACUUGCUCCCUCGGGAGUUCCGACUGGUAGAAGUCCAUGACCCGCCUCUGCACCAACCCUCAGCCAACAAGCCCAAGCCCCCCACUAUGCUGGACAUCCCCUCAGAGCCCUGCAGCCUCACCAUCCACACCAUUCAGCUGAUCCAGCACAACCGACGUCUGCGUAACCUCAUUGCCACAGCGCAGGCCCAGAAUCAGCAACAGACAGAAGGUGUAAAGACUGAAGAGAGUGAACCUCUUCCGUCCUGCCCUGGGUCACCUCCUCUUCCUGAUGAUCUCCUUCCUUUAGACUGUAAGAAUCCCAGUGCACCGUUCCAGGUCCGGCACAGUGACCCAGAGAGUGACUUUUAUCGGGGGAAAGGGGAGCCUGUGACUGAACUCAGCUGGCACUCCUGCCGACAGCUCCUCUACCAGGCAGUGGCCACAAUCCUGGCCCACGCGGGCUUUGAGUGUGCUAACGAGAGUGUCCUUGAGACCCUGACUGAUGUGGCGCACGAGUACUGCCUGAAGUUCACCAAGCUGCUGCGCUUUGCUGUGGAUCGGGAAGCCCGGCUGGGGCAGACUCCCUUCCCCGACGUGAUGGAGCAGGUAUUCCAUGAAGUGGGUAUCGGCAGCGUGCUCUCCCUCCAGAAAUUCUGGCAGCACCGCAUCAAGGACUAUCACAGUUACAUGCUGCAGAUUAGUAAGCAGCUCUCUGAAGAGUAUGAGAGGAUCGUCAAUCCUGAGAAGGCCACAGAGGACACGAAGCCUGUCAAGAUCAAGGAGGAACCUGUGAGCGACAUCACCUUCCCUGUCAGUGAAGAACUGGAGGCUGACCUUGCUUCUGGAGACCAGUCGCUGCCCAUGGGAGUUCUUGGCGCUCAGAACGAGCGCUUCCCAUCUAACCUGGAGGUCGAGGCUUCACCACAGGCUUCAAGUACAGAGGUAAAUGCUUCCCCUCUUUGGAACUUGGCCCACGUGAAAAUGGAGCCGCAAGAGAGUGAAGAAGGCAACGUUUCUGGGCACGGUGUGCUGGGCAGUGACGUGUUCGAGGAGCCGAUGUCAGGCAUGAGUGAAGCUGGGAUCCCCCAAAGCCCUGAUGACUCAGACAGCAGCUACGGCUCCCACUCCACUGAUAGCCUCAUGGGCUCCUCCCCUGUUUUCAACCAGCGCUGCAAAAAGAGGAUGAGGAAAAUAUAAAAGGCAAAGAGGGAGACCUCUCCAGACCUAGAAGACCCAACAGAAACUGAUGGAUUCUAAUUUGUUUCCACAAAUAAUGAUUGAACUCUUAAACACAAUGGGUUUUCCUGAUACCAGUGGAGCGGGAUUUAACUUUUACCUUUUGCAUCCAGUUUUUGUUGUUUUCCACAACCAAGCCACCUUUCACAGAUAUCACACUGGGAUGGUGAUCCAGAGACCAAAACAGUGUCCCUGACUUGUCUUCACCAUGUGACAAAUGACUUAGCUUCUCUCAACCUGUUUCUCUUAUACAACAGAGAAGAAUCACACUGGGUCUGGCCUACACUGCAGGGAUAUUAUGAAGAUGAAGAUGUUAUUAAUAAGCUUCACAGCUGUGCUUGAACAGACUCACAUAUAUGCUGAUAUCAGAUGUCAAUCUUUUUCUUUUAACUUGCUUCAUUUUUGGUUCAAGUCAUUGGGAAUCCAAUGGAAAUAGCUAAACAUUGCACAGCUUAUCUAUCAGUAGUCCUUUUUUCGAACUGUUUCUGCUGCCCACAGAAUCUCCUGUGAAAUCACAGCAGUCUGUGAACAGCCUUUUUGCUUAUCCAAAUAGCCCUCUCCUAUUUCAACCAUAUAUUUUUCUUCUUCCUUCUCUAGACUUAGUCCAUGUAUUCCAGUCCUCUUUAUUUGCAGUCAGAUUGUU